AAGUUUAGGCACUUGGUCACGAGAGUCGUCAUGCGGCAGCGGAAGAGUCUCAUCGAAGCACAAGCAGUUGAUCCACUUGUGUAGUUCGUUCCGUCCUUUAAAGAAAAAGGUACAGGUGGCCUUUUUAUGACAGACAGCGAGAUUACAUUGACGGAAAAUGUCGUCGGAAGAAUUUGAGAAGUUACACGAAAUCUACAGAUCCUUGUAUGACGAGCUAAAGCUAAUCCCAGAGAAGGCUCUCAGCUGUACCGGAGAGGAGAGGAAGAGACUGGUGAGGACCUUCGAUGAGAGACAGGGGGAAGCUGAUGAAGUGUUACAGGGAAUGGAAGAGGAGCUGCGUUCUGCACCCGCGUCUUACAGAAAUGCCAUGAGUACGAAGCUGCGCUUUUAUCGCAGAGAUCUAGGCAAGCUGCAGAGGGAGAUGAAAAUCUCUGCUCCGGGGUCUGGCUCAUCUUCCCACACGGUGCAAGGAGGCCAUCAUGGUAUCUAUUCAUCACAAAAUCAGCAAAGUACAAACCUGCAGUCCCAGAGAGCUUUGUUGCUCCAGGGCACGGAGUAUCUGAACAGCGCCAGCCAGAGUAUCGAACAAAGUCAUCGCCUGGCUGCAGAAUCGGAGCGGAUUGGCACAGACAUCAUCGAAGAGCUGGGAGAGCAGAGGGAGCAGCUAGACCGAGCCAGAGACAGACUGGUGAACACAGGAGAGAACCUCAGCAAAAGCCGAAAAAUUCUUCGUUCCAUAUCACGAAAGCUCAUGACGAACAAGCUGCUACUAGCGGUCAUAAUCCUGAUGGAGUCGGCCAUUCUAGGAGCUGUGAUUUACCUCAAGUUCUUCAGACAUUAAUGAGUUGUAAACAUCCGUGGAUCUCAACCACCGUUUCUCUUCUCUGCCCAGUAGCAAUAAUACUGUUUUGUAACUGCAUCGAGGUGUUGGACUUUUACUGUGGAUUCUCUCCACCAAUGGCAAAGUUUGGAAGCUGUCACUGGACCAAAUGACCAGAAACUCUAUAAGAUUUGUGCUGUUUAUCUCUUCUGUUGAUGCUGGUGAUGUGCUCCUGUUGGACGAUGAUCUAGACUUGCUGGUGCCACAGAUCCCAGAAGACAAGUCAACAAUAUCCUUCGUCAGAGGGAAAUCUGACAGAUGGAGCACACCUGAAACGUUAACUUUAGGUGACACCAGUUUAAUCUGCUUUUGUGGCGUUGGUCACUAAUGGUUGUAAUGAACUGAUGGAUGAAUGAAUGAAAUGCUAAAUGUGAAGAAUGAUGCCAGGUUUUGGUGUAGUAGCUUUGUGCCGUAUGCAGGUAACACACUUGUAUAAAAUUAAUGUAAAUAAAACGAAAAUGUAAUCUCA